AUGGCUGGGUCGCGGGAACGAUUGCUGUACGAGAGAAGAUCAGACUUUGAAUACGAAUACGAAACCAGACGCAGAUACUACGAACCAAGAUACGACAGACGACCCGACAGGCGAGACCGAAGGGUCGAAUACGAACGGCCUCGAAGGAAAAAUGGUUACGUUUAUGAAGAUAUCUAUUCAGAUUUCGACGAGGCACAAGGUCGACUAUCCCUAUUCCGGCCUAUCAGACCCGAAUAUUUAAACCUGCCGACGACCUACGAAGCGAAGUACAACUCUUUACCAAGAAAUUACAACAGUACCUAUUAUUAUGAGGAACGCAACGCGCGUAGGUACAAGAAAGAUUAUUAUGAUUUCCGAAUCGACAACGAGAGGAAACGGCCGCGAGAAUCUUAUGAACGCACUCCUGAAGCUAGGAGGAAGAACACAGAGAAUUACGAUCGCCGACCAAUGAUAGAUACUAAAGCUACCCAAAAUUCUAAACCGAAAAACGUUGCAGUGUGCAAACCUUUACGCUUGAGUGAGAAAAACGCGCGCUACUGGACAUCUGAAACGCCAGACAAGAAAAACCGACCAAAGAAAACUGAAGAGGUUAAGAAAAAUGUGAAAUUUUCGGAAGUCUCCGGUUGUAAUCGGAAGAUGGUGGUGGACGAUCCGGUUUGUGGUAGGAAAGUAGUGCCAGUGAGGGAGUUGGAAGUGUCUUUGGACCAGAUGAUACAAAAUGGUUACUUUGAGAAGCAUAAUAUUCCGAUAAGGGCGAUGGUGCGAGCCAGCGCGGUGUGUACGGAGGCCGCGCCGGGCCCCGUGCCAAACGGGAAAUGCUUAUCAGUGGAAAGCGGGAAGGAAAGGCAAACUCUGCGUAGAACUAGACAUCUACCUCAGGUCCUAGCGGCUCUGGCAGUAUCUCUAGCACCGUUCUCGGCUGGGCUUGGCAAGGGGUACAGCUCUCCUGCCAUAGCAUCUCUGCAGGGGCCUGGGGCCAACGCCACCCGGCGGGACUUCCAGCUCACGGACCAGCAGGCCUCGUGGCUCGCGUCACUCUCCUUUCUUGGCGCCUUGUUCGGCGGCAUGGCGGGCGGUGCUGCAAUGCGGCACGGCAGACGGCGCGUGCUGUCGCUGGCUGCAGCACCGUGCAGCCUGUCCUGGCUGUUGACGGUGCUGGCCACGUCAGUGCGCAUGAUGUGCGUCACCGCCUUCCUCGGUGGCUUCUGCUGCUCCAUACUCACAAUGCUGUCGCAGGUGUACAUCAGUGAGAUAUCGGUGCCUGACAUCCGCGGCUGUCUGUCCGCAGUCUUGAAGAUCGUCGGCCAUCUUGGAGUCCUGUUCAGCUUCACCAUCGGCGCGUACCUGGACUGGCAGCAACUCGCCCUUUGCAUAUCCGCUGCUCCUCUACUUCUAUUCUGCACUGUCCUAUACAUACCAGAAACACCAAGCUACCUCGUUUUGAUUGGAAAAGACGAAGAAGCGUACAAGAGUCUGCUCUGGUUGAGAGGGCCAAACUCCGAUGUCGCCCAAGAACUAGCCACGAUAAGAACCAACGUUCUGGCCAGCAAGAACUUCAGCCAACGCCAAAGUCAAAUGUCUGGAAAUCCGCUCUUGGGUUCUGUUGACGCUAGAACCAUCAAUAGAUUGCUGGGCCCCAUUUUAGUAACUUGUGGCCUGAUGAUGUUUCAAAGAUUCUCCGGUGCUCAUGCGUUUUCGUUUUACGCUGUCCCAAUAUUCAGAAAGACUUUUGGAGGUAUGAACCCUCAUGGAGCAGCGAUUGCUGUGUCAUUUGUCCAACUCUUAGCGUCUUGUCUCUCUGGUCUACUCAUCGACACCGUUGGAAGAUUGCCGUUGUUAAUAGUCAGUUCUGUCCUAAUGUCUAUGGCUUUAGCAGGAUUCGGCAGCUACGCAUACUAUGAAGAAGUCCAUCGCAACCAAAGAAUUCAGAAUGUAAUGUUCCACCAGACUAUAGGCCAGAAUGACUGGAUACCUCUGCUAUGCGUAUUAGUAUUUACAAUAGCAUUCUCCUUAGGAAUGAGUCCUAUAUCUUGGCUUCUGAUUGGGGAAUUGUUUCCUUUGGAAUACAGAGCGUUUGGUAGUGCAAUGGCUACAGCAUUUAGCUACCUCUGCGCUUUUGUAGGGGUGAAAACGUUUGUGGACUUCCAACAGGCUUUGGGGCUCCAUGGGGCAUUCUGGUUGUACGCCUCUAUAAGUGUUGGGGGACUGUGCUUUGUGGUAUGCUGUGUUCCUGAGACAAAAGGUAAGGAUCUGGAUGAAAUGGAUCCGAAUUAUGUCCAGAGUCUUUCGCCAAAAAGGUAA